AUGGCAUUGAGGCACGUAACUAAUGCAUGGGGACUCAUCUUAGUGUGGCUUUUCCUCAGCCACCAAGUUGUCCAAGCCAAUCUGAUACUGCCGAAGCCGCCCAGCACGGACGGCGGGCGCGUUAAGCUUAACAUCAAUGCCGGCUGGAAGUUUUGGCGCUCGGAGUUCAAUCCGGACGGGCUGAUUUAUGACCAGCGCCCCGACUUGGGCGAGGCGAAUUUCACGGCCAAAAUACUGAAGCCGUGGAUCCUCCCUUCGGGGAAUGACUUUAUCAGUGACCCUGCCAAACACCAUGUGCGCCCUGCUGGCAACCCUGGUGGCGAUGUCAAAUAUGUGCAGAAGACUUUCGAUGACAGUACGUGGGAUGCGGUUGAUUUGCCGCAUGACUGGGCUAUCAAUGGUCCGUUUUACACUGAGGAGAAUCCCAUAAUUGGUGGUGGGAUGGGCCGGCUUCCUGUGCAUGGAGUUGGCUGGUAUCGCCGCAAGCUGUCGGUUGCCCCAACAGACGCAGGGAAAUCAAUUUACCUCGACGUUGAUGGCGCUUUGUCCUAUGCUAUUGUCUGGCUUAAUGGCAAUCUAGUCGGCGGGUGGCCUUACGGAUACAACUCGUUCCGUCUGGAUCUCACUCCAUAUCUUAAGCCGGGCAAUGAUAAUCAGCUGGCCAUUCGAGUCGACAACCCCCCUAAUUCAGCUCGCUGGUAUCCCGGCGGUGGUAUCUACCGAAACGUCUGGCUCACAAAGGUCAGCCCGACGCACAUUGGUCAGUCAGGAACAUAUAUCAUAUCGAAAGACGUGUCCACCAAAUCAGCCACUCUGGACCUCGUUGUCCAGGUUGAAACCAAAGCAAAAGACAGCCAGAAAAUCGAUGUACAGACAGACGUGCACAUCUUCGAUUCCGUUACUGGACGCACUGGGGCAAAAGUAGUCUCGUUCCCAAAGGCGUCAGCGAGUGUCCAAGCCAGCGAGAAGCAAACUGUCAAGGCUUCGGUCAAGAUCAACAACCCGCGACUCUGGGGUCCAGUCCCAGCGCAGAAGCCCAAUCUCUACGUCGCCGUGACGCGUCUCCUAUCUGGCCGUGAUGUGAUAGACACCUACGAGACUCGCUUUGGUAUCCGCACCGUAGUUCUAGACGGCACUAACGGCCUCUCCGUCAACGGUAAAAAGGUAGUCAUCCAAGGAAUCAACAACCACCACGACCUCGGCGCCAUCGGCGCAGCCUUCAACACUCGCGCCGCUGAACGCCGUCUCGAGCAACUCCUCGAACUAGGCUGCAACACCAUCAGGAUGUCGCACAACCCCCCCGCGACCGAACUCCUCGACCUCGCUGACCAGAUGGGCAUCCUUGUGUUGGACGAGAUCUUUGACUCCUGGGAGAUCGGCAAGACAGCCUCGGAUUUCUUCCUUAUCUUCAAGGACUGGCAUGAGCAAGAUCUCCGCUCCUUCGUAAGGCGCGAUCGCAACCACCCUUCUAUCUUUGGGUGGAGCUACGGCAAUGAAGUUGGCGAGCAGUAUACUGAUGAGGCUGGGGCGGCGAUAUCGCAGAUGCUGAAGGAUAUUGUUCAUGAAGAAGACCCGACGCGGAUGUCUACUGCAUCGGAGAACUACGCUACCCCUGACAUGCCGUUCCCACGCAUCGUGGACUUCCUCUCGAUCAACUACCAAGGCGCGGGCAUUCGAGACACAGAAGCAUAUUCCAACCUCGCGGGAAUUGCUAGACAGCCGCUUUACCCCGCCUACCACGCCAACUUUCCCAAUAAAAUGAUUGUAGGCUCUGAGACCGCAUCAACGGUUAGCACGCGCGGGACGUACGUCUUCCCAGUAACAGGCUACAGCAGCGCCCCCGUCAACGACACCUCCGGCGGCGACCCCGUCGGCCAAAAAGUCAGCGCCUACGAGCUCUACACCGCUGGCUUCGGGUCAUCCCCCGACAAAGUCUUCGCCGCAGAUGACAAGAACCCCUACGUAGCUGGCGAAAUGGUCUGGACAGGCGUCGACUACCUCGGCGAGCCUACCCCCUACUAUUCUGCUCGCAGUUCCUACUCCGGAAUUCUCGACCUCGCAGGCUUCAAGAAAGAUAGAUUCUACCUCUACCAAUCGCGCUGGCGUCCUGACCUCCGCACCGCGCAUAUCCUCCCCCACUGGAACUGGCCAGACCGCGUAGGGAAGGUGACGCCUGUGCAUGUCUUCACGGCGGGUGAUGAGGCGGAGUUAUUCGUUAAUGGGAAAUCCCAGGGUAGGCAGAAGAGGGCGGCGUAUACGUACCGGUUUCGGUGGGAUGAUGUGGUUUACCAGCCUGGGGAGGUGUAUGUGGUGACUUAUAAGAACGGGAAGGAGUGGGCGAGGGAUGCGGUGAGGACGACGGGGCCGGCGGCGCAGUUGAAGAUGACUGCUGAUCGGACUUCUAUCAAGAACGACGGACUUGACCUGUCGUUUAUCACUGUCGAGGUUGUUGAUCGCAAGGGAGACUUCGUGGCGCAGGCGGAUACGAGUAUUACCUUCUCCGUCAGCGGUCCGGGGGAGAUUGUCGCUACUGAUAAUGGGGAUCCUGCUGAUAUGGUAUCUUUCGCGUCUAAGGAGCGGAAGGCGUAUAGCGGGCUCGCGCUGGCUAUUGUGCGCUUUAAGCCAGGACAGAAGGGAGCAGUAACUGUUACAGCUACUGCUGAUGGACUUGUGCGUGGGAAGGUGGUUUUGACACCGCAUCCAUAGGAGAUC